CAAAUAUUCUAAACAGCCUGUAGCCUGUACUCCUGUAGCGAAUGUUGUUGUUGUGAGGUUAGGGAAAGUGUUCUAGUUUGUGGACUAAUAUAAUUGGAUGUGUAUGAAUUCUGAAAAGCAAAGAGACUGCACGCGAUUGAACAAGGAACCCCUUGUUCAAUUAUCUGUGUCGACUGUCACUUUUUGUGUUAUCUUUUUUUCUCUCGAUCAAUGGACUAGACAUUAGAGUGUCUGGUAUCCCGCCAAAGUGACAAAACGCUAGCUGCCGUUUACCUGUUUUUCUACAGUGAAACAUUUGUUUUUUCAUUAAUUGAAUUAAUGUACAUGUUUGGAACAGUGAAAUAAAUAUAUAUAUAUUUGAUAUUUAGCGAAAACGGAUAAAAAUUGUAGUUGCAGUGAUAAAAAAAACAGACUUUGCAAAUAGUGUUCUGUUUCUUUUUGUUAAUGGACUUCGAUCGUCUUAUCAGUUUCUAGAUAACGUUGUCGAAGGUGUGAGAGUGGCGCUUCUUUAAACAGUGAUUGAUAGAUUUAUGACUCCUAUGUGGAUAGCCGUGACGUUUAUGAAACGGCAAAAAUGGUCACCGUGCAAGACAUCGGUUUACAACUUACGAAGCCAGUGAGAGAGCUGGCACAAUGGAAUUUUCCUUUUGCUCAGACUCUGGAACAAUACUGCUCUUUGUUCAAUACAACGUGUAAUAAAAGUUUCGGCGAUGCCGGACUUGUUUUACAAAAUUCCACGGCUGUCUAUGUGCAUAGACUUGAUUCUCUCUGGACUAAAGUCGAGUAUUGUAGAGAUGUGUUAUCAACUCAAGAGCAAGAAGAAGCGACAAAGAAUCCUACUAAAAAGAGAGAUAGAAAGAUGACUGAUGUAUGUUUUCACAAGUUCAAAACUGUCAAUUUUGCAGAAGAUGUAGACAAACAUAUCGAUAUUAAAAAGAAUCAUAUAGCACACGAGUCGGCCAAAUCUAAAAGCCGUCGAUUUACUCAAUUAGAGAAGAGUAUCGCACACGUAUCUAUCGACAUUUAUGAUGUAAACGGGGAGGUUAUCGGCAAAAAAUAUGAUUUCCGGUGCAAUCAGAAUUUAAGUAUGGAUGAUACAUUGGUCGAUGAGUUUGCGCCUCAAGAUUUUUAUUGCGGCGACGUCUCUGUUAAAGAAAAGUCUUUGUCGAAUUCGUACAGAUUUUCGUGCGAUACUUCGGCAUUGGAUUCUACUAUACACAACAAUAAUAAUGAAAAUGUUAACACGUUCUCCGAGUUCGAAAGAGACAAUAAUUCGUCAGAAGAAGAGAUCUCUAAUUUGACCACAUCUUUGGAGUUGAGCCAACAAAAUCUCUCUACAUCUAGAAAUACUGACAAUACGCUUGUCAAAACGCCAACGAAUAUUUCAAAUGAUAAUUGCCACGAUGUGACUCUCAUGAAUACUCUGAGUCAGACAUUUGCAAAUACACCAUCCCAUUCAAAUUCACCGAUACUAACUAAUAUUGAUAAUACUAUUUUAUCGAACAAUGAUUUGGAAGAGCAAUGUUUGAACACUAAUAUCAACGAAAAUAUGCACUGUAUAGACGUUGGCAGUGUAUUAGAUAGCCCACCUGAGUCGGUGAAUUCGAAAGGAAGAAGAAUUUCAUCGAUAGACGAUUCAGCGAUGUUAAACGAUACAAAUGGAGAUCUAACGCAAACAAACUUAUGUAUCGAUUCUGUAAAAAAGACUCCUCUGAAUGAAAGUAAAAAACUUAAAUCACGGCAGCAAUCUUCCACUUUAAAGUCUACUCCAAAAUUGUUGAAACGAAAUCACGCAUCGUGUAAAAGACGACGAAGUAUAAUGAAAAAAAAUCUCUUGCAUAUUUUGGAAAAUUCAUUUUCUUUAAAGCAAAAAGAUAGAUCAAGUAUGUUUAAUAAAAACUUGCGUUCUUGUGUGAAGUGCAUACGAGAAGAUGAUCCCUUGCGAUACGAAGAAGUGACGAACGCAGAAUCGGAUCUUUUAGGAUUUCGAUUACAUACCGAAUCGGAUAUAUAUAUCAACGCUGACGUAACGACGAAUGUCGACGGUAAUAUAACGCCUUCGACCGAUCAGGAGAUUUCAGAAUUUCACAGUUCUAUGGACAUGUCACCGAAUUCACCGCACGAAACUUUUUGUGACGUUUGGUUUCGUUCAGAUUCACAUUUUUUAUCAGAAACCGUCGAUCAGUGGCACGAGAUGAUACAGCCCAAAUUAUGUGACGCGGAUUAUGGACACUCUGAAGACGAGUGAUCAACAAAGAAUUAACUUCGACGAUGUCAUUCAAAAGGAGAGUCCUUACGAAGUGGCCAGAUAUUUUUUAGCUUCGUUGGACUUGGCUGCGAAGCAAAAUAUAGACAUAACCAUGAAAGAGGAUCCCGAGCAUAACAUAGAAAUCGUUCUACAUACAGAAGAUGAAUAUUGUUCUAACAGUCAAGCGGAUUCGCACGAUUAACGAGCAAAUUCUUAGUUUUAAUAACUGUAUAAAUGUGUAUAUGUACAUUAAUGAAAAAUGAAUUUAUGUACCUUCCUUCAUUAAUUUCGGGAAGGUCUCUAUACUGUGAUAUUCUGCAGCUUUUAAAAAAAUGUUUAUUAUUCGAUUCUUUUAAAAGAAAAA